AUGAACCCUUUCUUCAACAAUCCUCUAUUUCUUGACAAUCACGGCCCAACACCCCCAAAUUUCCAAUCAGACUCGAGUUCAUCCGACGAGACGGAACGGUAUAGUAAUUUAUUCACAAUGGCGCAUUAUGCGAUUCAACAAGAUGUCCGUGAUACUGCCUCCUCUUCAAGAACGUAUACAAGACGCGACGAUCGUGGUGAGUCUCACAACCGUCUUUUUAGAGAUUAUUUUGCCGAGGAACCGAAAUUUAAUGAGACUUUUUUUAGACAACGGUUUCGUAUGAGUAGACGGUUGUUUGUGAAAAUAGCUUCAGAUUUGGAAAACAAUUUUAGUUUUUUUCAAAGGAAGAUCGACGCUCGUGGUAAAUGGGGGUUUUCGGCUUUACAGAGAUGCACAUCUGCAGUUCGCCAGUUAGGAUACGGUAGUAAUCCCGACAGUUUAGAUGAUUACCUAAAUAUGUCGGAAAGAUCGUCACGUGACACCCUUAAUGCUUUUUGUGAUGGAGUCAUUAAGUUAUAUCGGCAUGAAUAUUUGCGUAGGCCAACGCUACCCGUAUUUCUCGUGGAUGGGAUCUACCCAAGAUAUGCGAUGUUUGUGAAAACGAUUUCCCAUCCAACCGGUGAGAAAAGGAUUCGAUAUGCUAAGGCACAGGAGGCUGCAAGGAAGGAUGUGGAGCGAGCUUUUGACGAGGACCACGCUAUAAGUCCUGAUUACAUUCCAGAUCCCCCGGUUGCGCCACAACCAUCAGAUGAACGACUGUUUGAGAUACAGAACCCAAACGUUCACGAGGAUCUUAAGAUGGAUCUCAUUGACCAUAUUCAUUGCACAUUCAUCCCGGGCAUCGAUCGCUAG